AUGAUGAUGAUGGAGCAACGCGAGGGCUCGCGACAACGCGCAUUCAUAGUGCUGGGGGUGUUUGGCGCAAUAAUCCUCCUGACGAAUCUGGCGCUCAUCACCGGAACCGACUUUAGCAUAAGGAUCGAGAAGCUACAUGUCCCCGAGGUACUGGGCGGACAGCCUAGCUAUGAGAAUGAGAAUUUGCAGAGCGACCUCUUCAAGAUUACGCCGUUGGAUGACUUGGAUUUUGAUAAGUCCUCCGAGACGGUCGAUAGACACCCGAUUGUAGGCCUCAUGCGUGAGGCGGCCGAGAGGUUCCGCGCGUACGAGUCGUCGAGGUCAACGAGCUUUGCGGAGGCUGUAAAGACGUACAGAGAGAGAUAUGGGCGGCACCCACCCCCGGGAUUCGAUAAAUGGUACAAGUUUGCGCGCGACCGCGGAAUAUACCACCUCGACGACUUCGACCAGAUCAACGACGACCUGCGCCCCUUCUGGUCUAUCCCCCCCGCCGAGCUCCGCCUCCUCGUCCACGGUAUGCUCGCCGAAGAGUCGGGCCCCAGCGGCAUUGCCGGCCUCGCAAUCAAGGAAGGGAAGACUAGGAUUCUCACUAGCAAGGAUAACUGGCGCGCUGAGACUAUGAGGGAUAUGCUCGACGUCUUUGCUCAUGAGCUGCCCGACAUGGAGAUCGCGAUGAACCGACUAGAUCAGCCGCGAGUUAUUGUGGAGUGGGAGACGCUCCAGGCGCAUCUUAAGAAGGAGGAGGAGACCCGAAGCAUGCCCGAGAAUCCGAAGAAUGCGUUUACGCCCAGGAAUUUGGUGUUCAAGGAGACGCUGCCGGUCGCGGACUGGUUCAAGGCCCCCGGGAAGCCGUAUAUGGACCUUGUGAAACCGGCUUGCCCGCCAGACUCAUAUGCACGCUCAGAGACUAUAUCCCCCGAGCAAGCAGAGGCAAAGUAUAAGCUCCCACACACCGGCGGGAUUGUGUCGAACUUCAACACGUCGAGCGACCUGUGCACUGUCGGACCGGCGAUCAGUCAGCUUCACGGCUUCAUGUUCUCGGCGUCGUCCGUCAUGGCCACAAAGAAGCUCGUCCCCGUCUUUGGCGAGUGCAAGGUCAAUGUCAACAACGAUAUCCUCUUCCCCGCAAACAUGUACUACCGCAAAGACGAGCGCUACCAGUACUCGGACAAAAAGGACGUCGCCUGGGAGGACAAGGCCACAAUGAUGUUCUGGCGCGGCAUCACCUCCGGCGGAGUCCAGGUCAAAGAUUCCUGGCGCCGCCUCCACCGUCACCGUCUCGUCCUCAUGACGAAUGCUACGCAGCUCGAGGACACCCAGGAGACGUACGAUAUCAUGCGGUGGGCGUCGGACACGGAGAAGAACUACACGGAGGUCCGCGGCGCUUUCCACCCCAGUGAGUUUGCUGAGAAGCACACGGACGUGGGGUUCCCGGAUAUGAAGUGGUGCGUGCCAGACGAUAACUGCGGCUGGCUGAAGCAGUACUUGUCGCCCGUCAGCCAGACGACGAUGACGGACCAGUUUACGUAUAAGUACCUGGUUGACGUUGACGGACACUCGUUCUCGGGAAGGUGGCAUGCGUUCUUGAAGAGUAGGAGUAUGGGCAUCAAGUCCACCAUCUUCCGUGAAUGGCAUGAUAGCCGCCUCUUUGCGUGGUUGCAUUUCGCGCCGAUGGAUAACCGCUUUGAUGACCUCUACACCCUGUUGACAUACUUCAUGGGCCUCGGAACACCCGCAGACCGCAACUCGACCAGCGCACUGUACGUCCCCGGCCACGACUUUGAGGGCAAGAAGCUGGCGAACCAAGCCCGCGACUGGGCCGCCACGGUCCUCCGCAAGCAGGACAUAGAAAUCUACAUGUACCGCCUCAUGCUCGAGUAUGGGCGGCUGCUGGACGACGACAGAGACGUGAUUGGGUAUGGCGGCGACGGGAAUGAGAUCGAUGAGGGCCGGUGGACGGUGUAG